UAAACGAACACUCGGCCAUUUCUGCUAGCUGUCACUGUCACACCAGUUGACAGCUAACCUAAAAACGCCCCAAUUUGUUUUCGUACAAAAAUUCCUGUUUUAGCUUAAGAUGAGCACCAGUGAGUCGCCCCCCGAAGACAAGUCCGUGAGUUUCGCCGACCGCCAACGCGAACGCAUGAAACGCCUCCGCAACUUGCACACUUUGCGUAACGAAGCCCGAACCCACAACCACCAGGAAGUUGUCGCUGAGGACGCCCGAAACAAGCUCCCGGCCAAUUGGGAGUCUCGUAAAAAGCGUGCAGAAUGGAUUUUGAAUGAUCAGAAGGCUCGGGAGGAGUCCGCGAAGACUGGGGAAGACUACGACAGGCAGAAACUCCUCGAUAUUUCAGCAGUUGACGCUGAGAAGAUUGAGAGGAAGAAGAAAAAGAAGAAUCCUGAUCAGGGAUUUUCGGAUUUUGAGGCGGCGACCUUCCGGCAGUAUAAUCGACUGGUGAGGAGUAUGGGGCCCAAGGACAUGGAGAAGUACGAGGAGGAGAAGGAGAGGUAUGGGGAGGCGUUCUAUGGGGGCCCGCAUGUGAUCAUACACGGGUUGCACCAGGACCGGCCUGAGGCUAUCGACAACAUGGUGAAAAAUCUCGAAAAUCAAAUUGCGAAAAGGAACAAAUAUUCGAGGAGAAGGACACAUAAUGACGACGCUGAUAUUGAUUACAUUAAUGAGAGAAAUGCCAAGUUUAAUAAAAAGUUGGACCGGUUUUACGGGGAACACACGGCUGAAAUUAAACAGAACCUGGAGAGAGGGACUGCGGUUUAAUAAAUUUCAAUUUUAUCAAAAUAAGCAUUUUUUUGUCUUAAUUUACAAUAAAAUAUGUACAUUCACAAACUUAACAAAAUGUCGCCUAAUCAUUUACACAUCUUAAGUGAGCAAUUAUUUGUUUGGUUUAACAAAUUUGUAAAGAAAAUAAAAAAAUAGCAGUUC